CCUGCAGUCUUUUUUAUAACCACAACCCGUGUACAUCAUUCAAAAAUGUUUACUAAAGCAUUUAUCCUUAUUUUAUUAGGUGUGUUAGAAAUCAAGGGGGAUGUAGGAAUGAAGUAUAUUAUGAAAGUAUAUGAAGAUUGUCAACAUUCAGAGGUUAUACCAUGUUUGAAGAGGAAGGCGAUAUUAUUCUUCGAUCGUGCUGCAAGAAUGGAGUCGAUACCAGUAAUCGAUGGUAUAGAUAUCGUAAAGAAUGAACUAGAAUUACCACCUCUUAGUGAGAAUGAUAUAGAUUCGAAUAUACCAAGAGGUUUGGGCAACAAAGAUCAAACAUUAUCAGCAAUGUUAUGGGACAAGAUUGCAGCCUUCGCUAAUUCUAGGACGGUUCAGUUUUCAUUACCAAAGAUGUCUGGUGAAGAACUAAAUAAAGGAGUUGAAGAAGGUCGCGGUAAAAUGAAGAAGAUGAUGGGGAUGAUGAUGAUGGGAGGAGUGAUGAAGUUGGCAGCGAUGAUACCACUAGCUAUGGCCGGUCUAUUCAUCCUGGCGGGGAAAGCUUUGAUCGUUUCAAAGAUCGCUUUAUUACUGGCCGGUAUCCUUGCAAUAAAGAAGAUAUUAUCACAGAAGAGUAGCGGUGGUCACGAAAGUCACGGUUGGUCGUCAGGAGGCGGUAGUCAGGGAUGGGAUAAGAGGUCCCACAAUGAUGUAUCAGAUUUAGCAUAUUCCGCGUAUAAGACUGAAUAGACAAGUGUUACAAUUGAUUACAAGAACAAUAAUAACUAUAGUUGUGAUCGAAAAUGUUUGAUUUACUUUGUAUUAUGCAGAACA